AUGUUUGCGACGCAACUUUGCGAUCCCAUUGCACACAAGUGGCCUCUGGAGAAAUAUACGCCAGCAUAUCCAGAGCAAACACGGCCUCGCAUGGCAGACCCGUACGGCAUAGGGUCCUCGACAAAACCGCCCUGGUCGGAGGAAGGGAUGUACCUGCAACGAGGAGGAACGAAUCAUCCGCAACAGCUUUUCCCAACAACGCAAGACUCCGCAUCAGACAAAGGUCACUCUGAUUCUCUAGCAGACAGCCACGAAGGCCAACCACCGGGCCAUGCUUUCGGCGAAUAUCAAGGCUAUAGCCACGGCUACGACCCAGGAUCGUCUCGAUUCCGUACCAGGACUUCACCAUCUGCGCCGAGCAUCAUGACCGAGCCCCCAAACUACAGGGGAAUGCCAAGCUCAGAGCAGCUCUGGAGGAAUCGACUGGACACAAGAGGAGAUGUCGGUCCCAUGGGACAUUAUGGUACUGGCAGCGCAGCCGGGCCUUCAGCGCCAGCUUCGUUGGGAAUGUCACAAGGGGAGGGAGAAGAGUAUUCUGAUGAUGGAGACGUGGGCGAAGGAGAGUCUGAGGGUAUUCCGCAGACUGCUGCGGAGAGACUAGCUUCGCGGAGGAAAAUGAAGCGCUUCAGAUUGUCACACCAACAGACACGGUUCCUGAUGAGUGAAUUCGCAAAGCAGCCGCAUCCUGAUGCUGCGCAUCGGGAUCGACUGUCCAAACAAAUCCCGGGGUUAAGCCCGCGCCAAGUUCAAGUUUGGUUCCAAAACAGACGCGCGAAAAUAAAGAGACUGAACGCCGAUGAUCGCGAGAGAGUUGUCCAGAUGAGGGCAGUGCCAGAAAACUUCGACAAUGUCCAGGCAUUGCACUCUCCGUAUGGCGCGGUGCAAACCUACGACGGAUCCCUGCCGCACCCUUCGAGCCACCAGCAGCCGCACAUGUACGGAGCUCAGCAUCCUCGCCCGCUCAUGGUCGACGUACGGCGGCCCGAUGGCGAAAGCCAUCCUAUGCAAUCCACUGGCCUGACUCCUGUGUUUGGCGGCAUUGGUUUUGGUCAGAAUCACGUUCCUGGCAUGCUGGAUACUAGCUCGAUGCUUUCGUCGCCCCCAAAUUAUGGCUCGAACGAGAGAUAUACAUAUGGAGCAAGACAACCCGGAGUUGGCAUCCCCGAGGCCAAAGCUUCCUCCACGAAUAGCCCCGUCCACGAAAGCGACCAUCGAUCCGGCCCGAGACCGCUGCGACCGGCUGGGCUGGCUGAUCCCCUCGCAAGAGGUCGAUCGGCCACCAUGCAACCUGCAAUGGGGUCUUCUGUUUACUGGCGAGGGGGCGGACUCGGUGAUGUGGCGGAAGUGCAAGACCCUGCCUCCGAGCACGGAAGCGAGAGCCAGGCACCGUCUCUGCAUACCUCGAAUUCAGGCAUGGGCCUCAACACCCUAUUUUAUGGCGGUGACGCAUCGACGCAGCCGUCAAGUGCCACAGGUGACAUGGGUCCCCGUCAAGAUCAAUUUCCUCGCCACCGAGCGGCUUCGGCAUCAUUUCCGCUCGAGAGCCGCGGGCAAUACAGCGGGAUGGAGCCGCAGUCGAUGCCAUCUCCCAUGCAAAGGGGCAUGACACGCCCGGCGGCAUCGACCCAUGCACGGCCGACUUAUACGCCCGGCUACACGUCGCCUUUGCCUUUUGCAGGCAGCGGCAGCGGGAGCGCGCCCAAUGCGAGGCUGGGCGAGCCACGGGACCACAUGCCGCAGUUUGGUUACAACGCCGGCGACACCUCUACUACGACGGUUCAUGGCUUUCCUCCGCAAACAGCGGGCGAAGGCGUGGACCAGCGGCCAUUCUAUCCACCAGCGACUCAGUCGACGCAAUUUCCGCGGCCGGGUGAGGUUUUGCCGUAUGGGGAGACGGCAGAGGGGCCUGACGCCGUCAAGCGGGAGUAG